AUGCCACAUGGAGUCUUACGGACUCGGACAUAUGAACAUAAUUCGAACCAAUACACGUACCUUCAGGCUGAAAAUUCCAACUAUGACCGCCAGAAAAUCGAGCGAUGUCCGUUUCUGAAGGCCUUUGGAGCCGAGACCCAUCGAACUUCGGAUUCACAAACGAGAGCCAAGCUCGACAUCGCAUCCGCUCAGAUAGAUGGGUCGAAAGGUCUGUUGGGAAUUGUACCAUCCAUCGACGGUAGGAACGCGAACCGGCCCAAGAGUGGACUCUACAGCCACACCACGAUGAUUGGCGACAGUUCGCGGCACAUUGCAAGUAUGCAGAAAAGACAACGGCACAGUCGAUUCAGAUUUCGCAUCAUCAACACGAAUAGCAGCUGGGAUAUCGACGAAAGAUCCGAGGACUUUAUAAGGAGGCAUAAAUAG